UGUAUAGAUGGUGCUUCCUACAUGGAUGCUGUAGCCAAUGGGAUCGAACGCGCACAAAAUGAAAUCUUUAUCACUGAUUGGUGGCUUUCUCCUGAAGUCUUCCUCAAACGUCCAAAUGGUGGCGACAGGUGGAGACUGGAUUAUAUGCUCAAGAGGAAAGCUGUCAUUCGUCACCCAGACCACCUCCGUGAUUUCGUUCUUCUCUGGUCUCACCAUGAAAAAAUGGUCAUCAUUGAUCAAUCCAUCGCCUACGUGGGAGGAAUUGAUCUCUGCUUCGGGCGUUGGGAUCGACAGGAUCAUCCUCUAAUUGACGUGGACAAGACCAAGCCAUACAGCAGGAAACAACUUCAGCCCGAUGAUGUAGACUCGGUGAUAGCAAGUAGGUCUCGUUCUUGCAGUCGUGGAAUUGGUGGCACACCCACAUGGUCUCUUUGGUCACAGCUUCAAGACGCAGCGAAAUCAGCCUUAGUGGCUUUAAUGCCAGUAAUGCCAAUAAUGCCAAUUCCGGGAAUGGGAGAUGUCAAUGGAACGACCUCCAAGGCAACAGAUAAGUCUCCUUCACCAGCCAAAGCAGGAUCAGGAACGCCGUCUACUAGUUCGCCUGCCAACAUGCACAAUAUCACCUUCGAUCUGCCAAGCCGCAGUGAUUCCCUCAGUCUCGUGCGAACAGACGCCCCCGAGGAAGAAGUCAUUCGGGAUAAGGUCAAACGUCGUGGAGGGGGAAUGAGCUUUAGUUCUGUGGCCAAUGCUUCCAUAGCCGCACUUGCGUGGAGAAGACAGACAGCGCAACAGGAAGACAUUGAGUACGAUGUGACGUGGCACGAAUUUUGGCAGGAGCCCCCCUAG